AUUGUUUGUGGAAGAGCCUAAAACCGAAUGGAUCUGCGAAAAUAUAUAAAAAGCCCUCUCAGUGGAGUGCAUCGACGAAUAGUCACUCCUCUUAUCCAUAAACAUGCAGCUUUCUGUGCUCCUGAGCGCACUUAUCUCUCUCGUCAUUCUUACUGCAGCGUCGCCCACGCCAGGAGCCAUCUCGAAACGUUCCUUCGAGCGAGACAAUCUUGACACGAACUUUCAACGUGGUGCCCUAGAAGGCAAGAAGCGCGAGGAGCUGAAGUCCGACUUCGUAAUAUAUGCUUGGUACGACGGUCCGGGCAGUGGAGACAAGAAGCGCAAGGAGCUCGGGUCAGGUAUUAAUUACGACGACUAGGACGAUAAUCUGCGUAGCAUCAAUCUAGUUGACAUGGCUGUGGAUCUGACGUGACACGGGGAAGUGAGACAAGUGUCUACGAAAUACACCGAUAGGGGAGCAACAGAGAAUAAAAAGUGAGGGAGGGAAAAGGGGGAGGACUAUUCUGUGCAGGAUUAAGAU